AUGCUGAUCACGCUGUGCUACCUGUACCUGUGGGCGCGCUGGGGGCCGCGCUCGGCCGCGCUCGUCCGCAGCACCGUGCGGAGGCUGCACCGCUCCCGCUGCUCCUUCACCUUCUGCGCCCGCCAGCCGCACCCCGACGAGCGCGUCUGCCUCCGCGUCGGCGGCAAGGUGUUCUGCACCGGCGAGGCGCAGUUCCUUGAUGACUUAAACAGGUGGAGGGGGCUGCUGGUUUCUCCCUUUGCUCACGCUGAGAGGCUGCUGCCAGCAGAGCACAUUGCUUUUGUGACAGAAAGCAUUUCUGCUCACCCAGAGCACUUGCAGAAAGCACCUGACUCUUCCAAGGAGAUUGUCAAGUGGUCAGACUUUUGUUCACCCUUGGCCUAUAAACCUGGUGAACCUUUUAAGUUAAUUGCUGAAGCCAGUGUAGAUAAUUUCAGUAGCCUUGGAGUAGCCUUCCUGGAAGACAGGCUGCAGAUGGAGAACGGGAUGGUGCCACACAGGAUUGUUUCUGUCCAUUUAGAGGAGUCUGCUCUGAAGGAGCUGGCAAAGGAGGCACCGUCGGCGGAAGAGGAAAGCGCGGACAUGGAUGCAGUAACUCCUGCUGGGAAAUCAGGGUUAGGGCAAGCUGAGGAGGACAGAUCCCAGCUGGAAGAAGAAAGGGAAGAUGAGGAAACAGGAGGUGGGGAGCAGCACCACCUGCACCUUUCCAGCUGCCACGAGUGCCUGCAGCUGGAGAACAGCACCAUCGAGUCGGUGAAAUGCGCCUCUGCAGAGAGCAUCCCCGAGCUGCCCCGGGACUGCAGCAGCACAGGGCAGGAGGAGAAGGAGCACCAAUGCCUGCAGAAAGGAAUCAAAAGAAUCAACCUGGCUGGAAAACCCCCUAAUGUCCUGAUUUACCUGGGCUCUGAGGCUGCCAAAGGGAGGUUUGAGCAGGUGAAAGCAGUGCUGAGGGAGUGCAUCGAUGCUGAGAGCUACACCCUGUACCAGCUGCACCAGGAGCAGGUGCUCAGGGACCCCUGGGUGGAGAAUUCCCUGCUGCUGCUCAUUGCCACAGAGGAACCCAUCCCCGAGGGCAUCCACAGACAGUUCAUGAAAUUCCUGUCCAAAGGGGGGAAGAUUCUUGGGCUUUCUUCGUCCUUCACCUUUGGGGGCGUGCAGAUAAAGCACAAGAACAAACUGAGGAGGGCGGUGCACGAGCUGGUGGUGACUAAAAGGGACAGCACGGAGGUGAAGCUGAACCUGCUGCUCAGUGGCUGCGUUUUUGAGGAGGGGAUGAAGGGAGAUGGCAGCAGAGUGAAGGUGUUGAGUCGACUGAGCAGUGCUGCUGAGGACACGGUGAUUGUGCAGCUGAGCCAUGGGAGCAGUGGAGGAGAAGCCAUCCUUUCCCAGGCCCAUUUGGAGCUGGACAGCAACGCCAUGGAUGUGCAGACUGAGGAGGAUUUUAAUUUGCUCAAAAUGAGCAAUUCCAAGAGAUUUGAAGUUCUCAGGGAGAUCCUGACCUGCCUGGGGCUGAGCUGUGGAUCCAGUGAAAUCCCUGAGCUAACUCCCAUUUAUCUGCUCUCUCCUGAUGAGGAGAUCCAUCUUGCUUUCCUGAAAUGGCUGGAGGGGAGCGUGGAUGCCGAGGGGCUGAGGGCGUCCAGCAAGGUGUCCCUGAAGUUUGUUCCAUCCCUCGAGCCCAAGGUGGAGGUGACUCCGUCCCUGGUGCCCGUGAUCACGGACAUGGGGAGCUUCUCCUCUGAGCAUUUCAGCCUCCAGACCUAUCAGCAGCAUCUCCACACCAAGAAGCUGGGAAAGAUCCUUCUCUUCACUGAGGUGACCACGACAACCAUGAAUCUUCUGGAUGGGUUAAUGUUCGAGUUGCCUGAGGAGAUGGGUUUAAUAGCAGUGGCUGUUCGACAAACACAAGGGAAAGGUCGUGGUGGGAACGUUUGGCUCAGUCCCAUGGGCUGUGCCCUGUCCACUCUGCACCUCUCCAUCCCUCUACAUUCCAACCUGGGCCAGAGAAUUCCUUUCAUCCAGCACCUGGUGUCCUUGGCAGUGGUAGAGGCAGUCAGGUCCAUCCCAGGAUAUGAGGACAUUGAGCUGCGAGUGAAGUGGCCAAAUGAUAUUUACUACAGUGACCUGAUGAAGAUUGGUGGAGUUCUGGUAAACUCAACACUCAUUGAAACAACAUUUCAUAUUCUCAUUGGCUUUGGGUUUAAUGUGAAUAACAGCAACCCCACCAUCUGCAUCAAUGACCUCAUUGCAAAGUUUAACAGGGAAGAGGGGACAGAGCUGAAGCCUCUGAGUGCAGAUUGCCUCAUUGCAAGGACUGUGACUGUGCUGGAGAGGCUCGUUGAGGUGUUCCAGGAGAAGGGGCCCAAUGGAGUCCUUCCCCAGUACUACAAGUAUUGGGUACACAGCGGGCAGCAGGUGAGGCUGCGCAGCGAGGACGGCCCCGCCGCCUGGAUCGUGGGCAUCGACGACUACGGGUUCCUGCAGGUGCACCGGGAGGGCCGGGCCGUGGAGUCCGUGCACCCUGACGGCAACUCCUUCGACAUGCUGAGGAACCUCAUCGUCCCCAGGCACUGA